AUGGGAACCUGAACGCAGCAUCCCGCAGCGCUGCAGGCACAUCCCGCAUCCUCCGACGCUCAGACCCGCCCAGAGGUCGUCGACGAGCCCGGUUCGGUUCGCCAUCGCUAUGAGCAAGGAGGAGACCAACUUGGAGCUGCUGGAGGCUCGGACCGAAGGCACCGAGGAGCCCAGCGGGGCGGCGGCUCCGGCGCCCAUGGCUGCGGAUGCUGAUGCGACGGAGGCCGACGUGAGCGAGGCCGACCUGGACCAGGAGGAGCAGGAGAAGCAGCCGAUGACCGGAGGCGCAGAACGGCCUCAGGACGCCGCGUCCGCCGGCGGAGAGCCGCCGGCAGCGGAGAAGAACGGCGCCGUGAAACUGAAGAUGCCGGAGGAGGCGGAGGAGGCGACGUUUACCGGGCUGAACAAGGAGGAGCUGCUGCGGGUGGCCGGAACCCCAGGGUGGGUCCGGACCCGCUGGGGGCUGCUGGUGGUGUUCUGGCUCGGAUGGUUGGGCAUGCUCUUAGGAGCUGUUGUCAUCGUCCUGCAGGCUCCUCGCUGCAGAGAUCUUCCAGUCACCAACUGGUGGAACAAUGGCCCGCUGUACCAGAUCGGAUCCAUCCAGGCCUUCACUAAUGCCCAGAACCUGAAGGGUCUGGAGCAAAAGAUGGAUCUUCUGUCUCAGCUGAAGGUCAAAGGUCUGGUAGUGGGACCGAUCCAUGUAGCCCCUCCUGACGAAGCCAUGAGCUUGAGGUUCGAAGAGAUCUCCCCUGAGGCCGGGAACCUGGAGCAGUUUAAAGGUGUGAUCCAGGCCGCUCACAGGAGAGGUAUUUCUGUGGUUCUGGAUCUGACUCCAAACUACCAGGGAUCAAAUGGACCCUGGUUCUUUAACACCAGUGUGACCAAUGUAGCAGAGAGAAUGAAGUCUGCUCUGGUGUUCUGGCUGAACGAAGGUGUGGAUGGGGUCCAGCUGUCGGGGGUGGAGCGCGUCUCCAGCGUGGUGCCGUCUCUGUGGAGCGACAUCCGAGCCAUCAUCCAGAAUGGGACAGCAGAGGGUUCCAACAAGAGGGUUCUCAUCGGGACCACAGAGCUCUCCUCAGCCGAAGACGUGUCCUCCCUCCUUACCUCCUCCGGGGUGGACCUGCUGAUCUCCAGAGUCCUGCGUUCUGUAGACGUGGAGGCCACGGAGCGCGCUCGGGCUAUCCAGCUUCUGUACUCAUCCCACAGCCAGACCAACCUGGCCUGGAGCCUGGGGGGGCGGGCCGAGGGUCACCUGGCGUCGCUGGUGGGCCCGGCUCUCGUCAAAGUGUACCAGCUGCUGCUGCUCACCCUGCCCGGAACGCCGGUGUUUAACUACGGAGAUGAGAUCGGACUGAUGGACGAGAGCACCAAUUUUCCCAAGAUGCUUUGGGACUCUGGAGAGAAUCUGAACGAGACACUGCAGGAAUCAUCGGAGCGUGUGUCCUGUCGCAGCUUCUUCCGCACCGUGAGCGAGCUGCGAGGUAAAGAACGCUCGCUGCUGUUCGGGGACUUGAUGCUCGUCUCCAACUCGUCCACGUCUCUGGCCUACCUGCGCGUCUGGGAUCAGAGCCAGCGCUACCUGGCUGUCUUCAACUGGGCCGAGGAGGCGGCGCAGCUGGAGCUGCGAGGCCCGGCGCUGCCCCGUCGGGCCGCGGUGGUGCUCAGCACCAACAGCAGCGCCCCACCUGCCGACAGCAGCGUGGACCUGACGGAGCUGCGGCUCGGCCCGUUGCAGGCCGCACUCCUCAGGUUUCCCUACAGUGAAUAGAGGCAGUGAUGCUGAUGUGUGGCGUUGUUACUCGUAGGUAUUGAAUAGUUAAUGAAACGAUGACAUGGCUAAACCUCGGUUGGAAGUGUGGUACAACUGAAGGCUUGCUCUGUGUGGGAGUUCAGUCGUUAUCUCAGACCCCCGAAGAAGGUUUAAAACCUACCUUGUUCAGGGCUCUGAGAUAACGCUUGUGAACUGGCGCUAUAGAAAUAAAAUAGAAUUAAAAGUCAGUCAAAUAUCAGUCUGAACACCACUUCCUUCUCAGCUGUUGAUCGUGAUGAUAAAUGUUGUGAUUUUGGGAAAACUAAAUAAAAAUGAAAAUCAGCUCAUUA